AUGGAUCGCACCGGCGGCUCCGGUGGGGGCAGCGACCGCAGGCAGACCGAGGAGAGUAAGCCGCUGCUGGGCGAGAUGUCUGCUCCCGAGGGGAAUAAAAUGGGUGCCGCGCCGUGCCGGAGAGCCCUGCUCCACUGCAACGGCAUGAGGUACAAGCUGCUGCAGGAGGGGGACAUCCAGGUGUGUGUCAUCCGGCACCCCCGGACGUUUCUCAGCAAGAUCCUCACCUCCAAGUUCCUGCGGCGGUGGGAGCCGCACCAUUUGACCCUGGCAGACAACAGCGUCGCCUCGGCCACGCCAACUGGGUACAUGGAAAACUCCAUUUCCUACAGUGCUAUUGAAGAUGUUCAACUGCUCUCCUGGGAGAAUGCCCCUAAGUACUGUUUACAGCUCACGAUCCCAGGGGGUACCGUCUUACUGCAGGCUGCAAACAGUUACCUGAGGGAUCAGUGGUUCCAUUCUUUGCAGUGGAAGAAGAAGAUUUACAAGUACAAGAAGGUGCUCAGUAACCCCAGCCGCUGGGAGGUGGUGUUGAAGGAGAUCAGGACGCUGGUGGACAUGGCACUGACGUCGCCACUUCAGGAUGACUCCAUUCACCAAGCACCACUGGAGAUUGUCUCAAAACUGCUCUCAGAGAACAACAACUUAACCACUCAAGACCAUGAGAGCAUUAUUGUGGCAAUUGCACCUUUGCUGGAAAACAACCAUCCUCCUCCUGACCUCUGUGAAUUCUUCUGCAAGCACUGCCGAGAGCGCCCGCGGUCCAUGGUUGUGAUAGAAGUGUUCACACCGGUGGUACAGAGGAUUCUCAAACACAACAUGGACUUUGGGAAGUGCCCUCGGUUGCGGCUGUUUACUCAGGAGUAUAUUCUGGCUUUGAAUGAGCUGAAUGCUGGAAUGGAGGUGGUGAAGAAGUUUAUUCAUAGCAUGCACGGUCCAACUGGACAAUGCCCCCAUCCCAGGGUCCUACCAAACCUUGUAGCUGUCUGCUUAGCAGCCAUUUAUUCAUGUUAUGAAGAAUUUAUCAACAGUCGAGACAAUUCGCCAAGCCUGAAGGAAAUUCGGAAUGGCUGCCAGCAGCAGUGUGACCGAAAGCCCAAUCUGCCCCUCCGCCUUCUUCACACAAGUCCUGACCUGGUCUCUCAAGAGGCCACCUUGACUGAGUCCCGCCUCAAACCAGUUAUUGUCACUUCUAAUGAUAUCCACGUGGAACUGGAGCGAAACAACACAGCUAAUCAGAAGAUGACAGCUAAUGUUGGCAAUGACAGUGAGCCAAAUCUGAUCGACUGCUUGAUGGUCAGUCCUACCUGCAGCACCAUGAGCAUUGAGCUGAGUGCCCAGGCAGACAGGAUCCUUGGCUGUUAUGUGGAAAUACUCAAGAUGCUGUCAGACUACGAUGACUGGAGACCAGCCCUGGCCAGCUUGCUUCAACCUAUCCCGUUUCCCAAGGAGGCUCUUGCACAUGAGAAAUUCACAAAGGAGCUGAAAUACGUGAUUCAGAGAUUCGCAGAAGACCCGAGGCAAGAAGUCCACUCAUGUUUGCUGAGUGUGCGGGCUGGCAAAGAUGGCUGGUUCCAGCUCUACAGCCCUGGAGGAGUGGCGUGUGAUGAUGAUGGAGAGCUCUUUGCCAGUAUGGUUCAUAUUUUAAUGGGAUCCUGCUAUAAAACGAAGAAGUUCCUGCUUUCCCUGGCUGAAAAUAAAUUAGGACCUUGCAUGCUACUGGCUUUGAGGGGUAACCAGACAAUGGUUGAGAUUUUGUGUUUGAUGCUGGAAUACAACAUCAUCGAUAAUAACGACACCCAGCUCCAGAUCAUCUCUACCCUGGAAAGCACAGACGUGGGAAAGAGAAUGUAUGAACAGCUGUGUGACAGGCAGAGGGAGUUAAAAGAGCUGCAAAGAAAAGGUGGUCCCACAAGGUUAACACUGCCAUCCAAGUCCACAGAUGCAGACCUGGCCCGCUUGCUAAGCUCGGGAUCUUUUGGAAAUUUGGAAAACCUCAGCCUGGCCUUCACCAAUGUGACAAGUGCUUGUGCUGAGCACCUCAUUAAACUGCCUUCACUCAAGCAGCUGAACCUGUGGUCGACUCAGUUCGGAGACGCAGGGUUGCGGCUUCUGUCUGAACACCUCACCAUGCUGCAAGUGCUCAACCUGUGUGAGACUCCUGUCACGGAUGCUGGGCUGCUGGCACUUAGCUCCAUGAAGAGUCUGUGUAGUUUAAAUAUGAACAGCACCAAACUUUCGGCAGAUACCUAUGAAGAUCUCAAGGCUAAACUACCCAAUCUGAAAGAAGUGGACGUCCGCUACACCGAAGCAUGGUGAACUCUCCCUGCCUUCGACUCUUCUCUUUUGCUUCUUGUGAGAAGGAAAAGAUUUUUAAAACAAACAGAGAAAAAUGAACCAGAAAAUAACUUUUUGGCUAAUACCUGUAGAGCAGUGAGUCCUGGGACUUGGUGGUAGGAGUCGUGGUUGUGGGGUAGAGGAGUGACGUUGUAUGUGUUGGGGGGAACAGGGCAAGCCUGGACCCAGCCGGAUUCUUGCAGCUUUGUGCUUUUGGAAUCAACAUAAUUUACAUUGAAAAGGAAAAUAAAAAAGAAAGG